AUGGGAAGUGACGCAGUGAGUGUCCCUCAGCCAAAACCAAGGCUCCAGAGAGUCGUGUCGCAACCUGAGAAUCCCUUUUCGAAACUCAUUUCUGAUCAACAUAUCGCCAUUGUUCCGAAGUUCACGCUCGAAUCUGGGGUCACACUGUACAAUGUGCCAGUCGCCUACACAACGAGGGGUAAACUGAACCCUUCGGGAGACAACACUUUGGUCGUAUGUCAUGCCUUGAGUGGCAGCGCAGACGUCAGUGAUUGGUGGGGUCCCUUACUCGGCAAGUCGGGGCAAGCAUUUGAUACCACAAAAUUCUUUGUGGUCUGCCUUAACAGCCUGGGGAGUCCUUAUGGCAGCGCCAGCGCUGUGACCUGUAAGGAUGGCGACCAAAGCAAAGGUCAAUAUGGGCCAGAGUUUCCGUUGACAACGAUACGAGAUGAUGUAAAGUAUGCUGUUCUGAUAUCAACAUAUAUCCAUAAAAUCAUUUUGGAUGAUCUAGGGGUUCGGCAAAUCGCAGCCGUUGUUGGAGGUUCGAUGGGUGGCAUGUUGACGUUGGAAUACGCAUUUUUCGGGAAAGACUAUGUUCGAUGCAUUGUGCCUAUCGCUACAUCUAGCCGCCAUUCUGCUUGGGGAAUAAGCUGGGGUGAAGCCCAAAGACAGAGCAUCUACAGCGACCCCAAGUAUGAAGACGGAUAUUAUUCGUUUGAUGACCCACCAGCAACUGGACUGGGCGCAGCGAGGAUGGCUGCUUUGUUAACGUACCGAAGUCGCAAUUCUUUUGAGGCGCGGUUUGGCAGAAAUGUUCCCGACCCUUCAAGACGUCAAAAUAUCAAUGGUACUGCCCGCCUUCCAACUCCUCCAAACGAUCAUUGGGCUGUGCAUAAUGAUGGGCACAAGUCCACACGAACGCCGCAAGUUCAAACUCCAAAUGAGAUUCACUCCCCGAUCCCUCAAUCAGAGAUCAAAUUCACGGACCCGCAGUUCAGCGGAACCACACUAUUCAACGCGCCACCGUCGCCUGCAUUGGACCCUUCCAAACGCCCGACAACAUAUUUUUCUGCACAGUCCUACCUACGAUACCAAGGCCAGAAGUUUGUGAAACGCUUUGAUAGUAACUGCUACAUUGCAAUUACUCGAAAACUAGACACACACGAUGUUUCGCGUCACCGCGUCGAUCCAGCGUCCCCCACACCGGUGAAAGAUGCGCUUGCGCAAAUCCAGCAGCCGAGCCUCGUUAUUGGUAUCGAGAGCGAUGGUCUGUUUACGUUUGCCGAACAACAAGAAAUAGCCGAGGGCAUUCCAGAUGCGCGCUUGAGAACGAUCGAUAGCCCGGAAGGCCACGACGCAUUCCUGUUGCAGUUUGAGCAGGUCAAUCAUCAUAUCCUUGAAUUCUUUAGAGAGGUUUUGCCAGAGAUCAUGUUUGUUGAUGGCGAAGCCGGUUCCAGCGAAGACCAUGUGGCCCAAAUUACAAAAACCAGCACUUUUGGAGAGGCUGAAGUCGAAGACAUCACUGCUUGGUAA